AAGUGUCACCGCAUUUGACUUAAUAUUUUCCCCCCGUUCAUCUUCCUCCCACUUUACGCUCUUUUGUUCAUAGUCAACGUUCCCCAUUCCCACCCUCACCUCUAUUUCAUUAAGAGACAUAAUGCAGGCCAUGCUGAGCACUGCUAUUCGGCGGACUGCUGUUCGCCGCACGGCCGCUCUGCCGCUCAAUGCGCUGCGUGCUGGCUCGACCUGGGCCAACGUUCCCCAAGGGCCUCCUCUGACCCCUCGUUAUCCAGGCAUCACCGAAGCUUUCAAGGCCGACAAGUUCGAGCAGAAGAUCAACCUUGGUGUCGGUGCCUACCGCGAUGACAAGGGCAAGCCCUACGUCCUCCCGUCCGUCCGCGUGGCCGAGCAGAAGAUUGUGGAGGAGAAGCUGAACAAGGAGUAUGCCGGCAUCACUGGUGUCCCCGAGUUCACCAAGGCGGCCGCCGUCCUCGCCUACGGCGCCGACUCGCCCGCCCUCUCCCGCCUCGCCAUCACGCAGUCCAUCUCCGGCACGGGCGCUCUCCGGAUCGGCGCGGCCUUCCUGCAGCGCUUCUUCCCAGGCGACAAGAAGAUCUACAUCCCGACCCCGUCGUGGGCCAACCACGGCGCCGUCUUCAGCGACGCCGGCCUCCAGGUCGAGAAGUACCGCUACUACAACUGCGACACCAUCGGGCUCGACUUCGAGGGCAUGCUCGCCGACAUCAAGGCGGCCCCCAAGGGCUCCGUCUUCCUCUUCCACGCCUGCGCCCACAACCCCACCGGCAUCGACCCCACGCCCGAGCAGUGGCGCGAGAUCUCCACCGCCGUCAAGCAGGCCGGCCACUUCUCCUUCUUCGACAUGGCCUACCAGGGCUUCGCCUCGGGCGACAUCCACAAGGACGCCUUCGCCCUCCGCCACUUCGUCGCCGAGGGCCACGACCUCUGCCUGGCCCAGUCGUUCGCCAAGAACAUGGGCCUCUACGGCGAGCGCGUCGGCGCCUUCAGCGUCGUCGCCUCGUCCCCGGAGGAGCGCGCCCGCAUCGACUCGCAGAUCAAGAUCCUCGUCCGCCCCAUGUACUCCAACCCCCCCGUCCACGGCGCCCGCAUCGCCGCCGAGAUCCUCACCACCCCGGCCCUCUACGACCAGUGGCUCGCCGAGGUCAAGGGCAUGGCCGACCGCAUCAUCACCAUGCGCGCCCUCCUCAAGCAGAACCUCGAGAAGCUCGGCUCCGCCCACGACUGGUCCCACAUCACCAGCCAGAUCGGCAUGUUCGCCUACACCGGCCUCUCCGCCGAGCAGAUGGACAAGCUGGCCAAGGAGUUUAGCGUCUACGCCACCCGCGACGGCCGUAUCUCCGUCUCCGGCAUCACUUCGGACAAUGUCGGUCGUCUGGCCGAGGCCAUCUACAAGGUCAAGGGUUAAAGCGGACCUUUUUUUCUGUAUUCAAUUUGUAUCUUUUUCUG